AUGCCUAACCGAUCUAUAGGCGGGGGCAGAGUCCUGGGCAGUGGGAGGUCAAUAAAUCCUGUUCCGCCAAAACCACUGCCGAAGAGUAGCUCGUCGAACGCUAUAUCGCCCUCCGCCAGCAGUGUGUCUUUGGCUUCUCAGACCUCCAACUCGCAGGUAUCGUCAGAUACGCAGGAUCUCUCCUCGAGGAUCUUUCUAAAAAAUGGAGAUUCGUCCAUAGCUAAGGCUUCCCGCAACACUGGGGCACUGGUUUGCCCCAUCUGCAAUGAAGGGAUGGUGACGCUUUUACAGCUGAAUAGACAUCUUGACGACGAGCAUCGGAAUCUCGAAGACGAACAGCAAGUGGAGGUGAAGGACUGGUUCCAGACGCAGGUCGAAAAGGCCAAACGAUUUCAACCUCUUGCUGUACUCAACCAAAAACUUAAAGGCUUGGAAGUCUUUGAAUCCAACCAGAACGCUCAAUUUAUACCGCCGUCGACACGGCCAACCACCGAAAACACGAUUUUGGAUGCUCCCAAGCCUAUUGAUCCCGACGAUCUGAUAAGCAAGUCCCACUGGCAGCAGCGGUCACUUAAUGAUGUUUGUCUGGAACCCAUGUGUGAGAAGAGGCUUACCGCAACAAAUGGCUGUAUCAACUGCAGAAAGUGUGGUCGUUUAUUCUGUGAGGAUCAUACAAUGUAUCAGAUGAAGCUUUCCCGGUCUGCCCAACAUGAACCAGUCCGUGGGUUUUGGUGCCGUGUCUGUGAAACAUGCUACAAGUCGCGAGAGGGUUAUAACGACUUUACCGGGGCGGAACGUGAUCAUACGGAUACAUUUAAGGCUCUUCGAAAGCCUACAGUUGACAAAGCGUUUCUAGAAAUCUCUAGGUUGGAGAAGAGAUUAACACGUUUAACUCAGCUCCUUGCCGGGCUACCUUUAGAGCAAGUGCAGUCUAAAAAAUGGUCUAUUGGUUGGCAAACAGACCAGAAGAAGGCGCUUGAACAGUCUGUCGUCAGUUGGCAGGAUGACGUGGACAUUUCUAACUGCCCUUUUUGCCAGCAAGAGUUCUCUGCCUAUAUCUUCCGAAGACACCAUUGCAGAACAUGCGGUAAGGUUGUCUGUGGCGACCCGGCGACUGGAUGUUCUUCUUUAAUAAGCCUCGAUGUGAGCAAAUCCAACCAUCGAUUAUCAGAAAAGCCGGCUCCGGAUAAAAUCAAUGUUGACGUGCGACUAUGCAAAGAUUGUAAAACCACCAUCUUUAGCAAAAGGGAUUUUAUGGAGGAUAUCACCAAGGAACCACCAGAUGUUCGUGCUUAUAAAAACCUUGUGCAAUUUGAACGAGGGAUUAGGUUGUUAUUACCUCGAUUUCACAAGAUUUUAGCGGCUCUACAAGAUCCCGACAAUCCUCCAGAACCGGCUCAACUGAGUGAGGCAUCUAAAGUCCGUAAACGGUUAAUUGAUUCUUUUGCCCAAUACGAUGUAGCCGCAAGGCGUAUUCGUGACCACCCGACAGAAUCGCCAACACAAGCAAAACUCCAACAAGCAAUAUACCGCCAAGCCACGAGCUUCCUUCAUCUACAUAUGCUUCCACUCAAAACGCUUCCCAAGAUAUUGAAACAUGCCACUCCCCAUGGCAGGAAUUUUAGUUUUGAUUCAACAUCUUCAGAUGGCAGACGAGUGAAUGGGGCCACUGCCCAACCCCGUUCCCUUGCCGCCAUUAAAUACGGAAACCCUGACCAGGGUGGCAGCACCACUAGCCUAGCUAGUAAUAACAGCAGUGCGCUCUCAGCGCUUGAAGCGGAAGAGAAAGAACUACGCGAUAGACUUAUCGUUCUUGAAGAACAGAGGUUUUUCGUGUCAGAAAUGAUUGCCGACGCCAACAAAUUGCGUAAAUUCGACGAGGCCAGUAGCCUUGCGCAGAAUGUUGCGGAUUUGAAUAAAGAAAUAGAUCAUGUCAACGGCAUGAUCAGUCAGUUAGACUUUGAAGGGCUAUUCACCGGCGAUAUAGGCCAGUGA